AUGGCAAAUAAAAAUCUCACUAUUGUGGAAGAAUUCAUACUUGUGGGAUUUUCUGAUCUGCCAAACCUCCAAGGAGUUCUAUUUGCCAUUUUUUUAAUCAUGUACAUGAGUAUCAUCUUUGGGAAUGGACUCAUCAUUAUAUUAACCAAGAUUACUCCAGCUCUACAAACACCCAUGUAUUUUUUAAUUAGAAAUUUAUCUUUUCUAGAAAUAUGUUACACUACAGUAACUCUCCCUAGAGUGUUGUCUGAUCUUAGGACACAGAAGAGAAAUAUUACUUUGUUUGCUUGUGCUACACAACUUUGCUUCUUUCUUAUGCUUGGGGGUACUGAGUGCUUGCUCCUAGCUGUAAUGGCCUAUGACCGCUAUGUGGCCAUCUGUAGGCCUCUGUAUUAUCCUCUCAUAAUGAAUCACAGGGCAUGUGCCCAGUUGGUCACUGGUUCUUGGAUCAGUACAAUUCCAGUCAUACCAUGGUAUGCAUACCUGAUUUUUUCUCUACCUUUCUGUGGCUCUAAAAAGCUUGAUCAUUUUUUCUGUGACUCUCUACCACUACUCAUGAUAGCUUGUGGAGAUAUUUCUGUUUUGGAGUACAUUGUUUAUAGUGGUACUGUGUUGUACAUUGUGCUUCCUUUACUCUUAAUAAUCAGGUCCUAUGUAAAAAUCAUUAUCAUCAUUCUGAAGCUUCCAUCAGCCAUAGGAAGAUCUAAAGCAUUUUCCACUUGUUCUUCCCACCUUACAGUUGUGAUCUUACUUUAUGGUUCUGCUAUCAUUACAUAUUCAAGACCCCAGUCAAAAACCUCUUCAGGAAUAGAAAAGAUGCUUUCACUUUUCUACACUAUUAUAACUCCAAUGUUCAAUCCCAUCAUAUAUACCCUGAGAAAUAAGGAAGUUAUCACUGCACUUAGGAAGUUAGCAUCAAAGUGA